UAGCAGAUGGUAUCUCGAUGUAGGUUUUGACUGACAAUGGCUAACAAAGCAGAAAUAAUCGACGAUGUUAAAAAAGCUGUGAGGCAACUAAUAGGUUGUAAAGAAUCUUACACGAAGAUGGAAUUCAGCAUCAUUUACACUGGAACAACAGGUCUGGACGUUAAUCCAAGUGAGUGUCAUCUGAUUUUCCGGGACCAGGAAGAGAUCAGUUUCCCCGUUCUUCUGAGUUUUUUCGUUGAGAAGCUCGCGCAAAUGUGGGACCCGGAAAUGAAGGCCUUGGAACUGUUUCAAAAUUUGGACAAGAAGGGAAAAUAUUUCAUAGAUACCGAAGAUAUUGUCACAGCUUGGAGGGAGAUAGAUUGCAAAUUACCUCUGGAUACUUUGGUCGAUUGUUUCGACACUGUGGCUCCAGACGGUACUUUAGAUUAUUUCAAUUUCAAAAAUAUGUAUUUGAGGUAUUUGUCCGAGGUCAUUGACAGCAAGAAAUAAUUUUCGAGAGAAAUUAUCAUCUGGAAGCUUCCAUGUUAGUUUAUCUACGAAAUAAUAUUUUUGUUUUUUCAUAUAAUUAAGGCAACUAAUAUGUAUUUAAAGGGAAUAAAUGAUA